UUACCAAAGAAUGUUAAGGUUUAAGAAAUAUAAAUUAAACAGUAUAGUUCUGAUUGAAGUUAAAGUAAACUGCACAGUGCUAAGCAUUUCCAACUGAGACUUCACGACUUUUUUUAUUGGUCUCAUCCCUUCUUAGCACCCCUGAGAGAAGGGAAAGAUAAUGCUGGUAUCCGGAAGUGAUCUUCCAGCAUGGAUCCAAAAUUUUGUUUUGCCGUUCGCCGAAAACGGAGUUGAUUUUGAGGAAUCAUCUGUCUUCGGCCACCUUUAUGAUGUGCCUUGGUUGGUGUUGGCGCUGACCCAAAGAAUUACUCAUCUUUUAAUCAGAGGAUUAAAAAAGUGUUCAACAAUCAUGAAUAUCCUCCACACUGUAACCAAACAACAAGAGGUGCCACCAAAGCUGAAAAAACUUCAGGGAGUAUGUAAGUCAGAGGGACAGUGUGCUGUACAGUUGGAAAAAGAAGAGCUGCGAAAACAGCUGUCUCCAAUGCAAUUUCGUGUCACUCAAGAAAAAGGAACAGAGAGUGCCUACUCUGGGAAAUUUGUGAACUGGAAGGAUGAAGGUGUGUACAACUGUGUUGUUUGUGGCAAUUCAAUUUUUGCAUCUGAAACCAAAUUUGACUCCAAGUCUGGCUGGCCUGCCUUUCAUGAUGUCAUCAACAAAGAUAGAGUUAUUUUAUCAGUUGAUACAACACACGGUAUACAGAGAAUGGAAGUGAAAUGUGGCGAUUGUCGUGCUCACCUGGGCCACGUUUUUGAUGAUGGCCCCAAACCAACAGGGAUUCGUUACUGUGUCAAUUCUUGUGCCCUGGACUUCAAGAAGCACACGACAGUGUAACCUCCACCAUCUUUUUGUUUCGAUUCUCCUUUCAUCAAUAGUUAACAAAAGACACGGAAAACUUGUGUGACCAACUAACUUUUACACUGUAAGUAGUUGGAAAACAGCUUGAGGUGUGCCUUUUGGUGCACAUUGUUAUGGGUUUGUUUUUGUUUAGGGGUUUGUUGUUUGUUUUUGUUUGUUUUUGUUUUUUUUUUGGGGGGGGGGGUUUUUUUAAUGAGGGCAGGGGGUUUUCAUAGAGAAUUUCUUCCUAAUAAAGCAAAGUAAUGCUAGUAGAUAGUAAACAACGCAUGUUUUUUUUUUUUUUUGCUAUUUUAUAAUAUUGCAGUAAUGCAAAUCGGCUAAAUAACUUAAGUAUAUGGAAGGAAGAUCGGCAGGAGAAUAAAAUCUGCUAGUGAUGUAAAUUUUAGAUUUUUUUUUUUUUUUUUGUCAGGGAUCAGGCAGGGUAGGGCAUGUAGCUGUUUUUGUUAAUAUUACUUAAUUGCUUAAUGAUUAUAACAUACGCAGUUUUCAUGUCUAAGCUGAAAGAAAGAAGAACCUUAGUGAACCAUUUUAUAUCAUUUAACUUUAUGAACAUCUACAAAUAUAUUUAUAUACACUUACAGAAGAGUGUUUUUAAAUGAAUAUUGAAGGGAACAUAACAUGUUUUCCACUAAUUAUCCUAAGGUUAACAAAGGGAACAUAUCUAUUUAUAUAAACAUCUGUAUAAGAAGAAAUGCAAACGAAAUGUCAAGUUCAGCUUUAUUUAACAUGGCAAGGAAGGUUUAGGGUUAUUUAAUCAUAGCUAGACAUUAUUGCUCAAACUUCUCUAAUGUUCUGCUUUAAAAAGCAUUAAUUAAAAAAAGCUAUAAUUUUCAUAGAGCUUUUUGUUUGUAUACUAUGCCAGACAGGAAUUCAUUACUUUUGUGUAGCCUUCAGCAUGAAGUUUCUGAAUUAUGCAUGUUAAUCACAAAGACACUUAAUACUAUUUCUGAUAAAAGAAAAUUCAAAAGUAUUUAUGCACAAGUUCUAACAUCCCUUUAAUGUGCCUGUCUUUUGUCCUUUACAGUAUUAACAUUUAUCACCGCUAGAAUUGUAUUUUAAAGCAUUGUCAAAAUGUUUUAUGGCUUUAAGGCUAAUUGUUAACAUUAAAUAUAAACACACUUGAUGAAAGAAAUUAUGUUUAAGAAUGCUUUUUUAAAAAGUUAGGGUAUUUUAUUUUUUAGGUUGAUUUUGGUUUUCUGAGCUUCUAUUGUCUUCAGUUAGUGCUGAGUAGUUUUUAGUGUCUGUUAGUAUUUCAUUAAUAAUCUUCCUACCUUUUUGUUGAUGCAUAAGAGUGCUUUAAAGUCUUUUUUAAAGAAACAAACAGAUGUUCUAAAAUGAACAGUGGAGGAGAAUGGUGCUUGGUAGAUUAUAUAUAUAUUGCAAAUCCAAUCUUCAGUAUUCAUUUUAUCUCUAUUCUGUGUAAAAAUCCAGAUUUGUAUAGGCAUUAUGGAAAAUGCUAAUGACCUACCAUUUCUGAUGCCACAAUGCACACAUAUUUUUUAAUAUCAUAAAGCAUACCUAUAAUGCAUUAUAAACAACUGCUGUUAUUGCUAGUGUGUUUGCCUCUGCUGGGUCCCAGCCAACUUUCUCUGUGGCAUGUGGCAUCUGUUUACAGGGCUGGCUGCCAGCCAUGACAUAGCCUUAGUUGCUGUUUUGGCAUAAAACACCAACCACACCCCCACCCCCUUGCCAACUUUGCUCUGUGUGUGUUGCUGUGCUUUGAGGUGUCUCCGAGACUUGCUUUUCAGUUUACUGAAAGACCCAUCAUACUUUCCUGAAAGGAAACCGAGUGUUGUAAACAAGUUAUAUCCUUUUAGUUUUAUAAUAAAGGAACUUAUGUAAACAUACUUUAACACAGGAAAGCACACUUGAAAAAUCAAAUAUUAAAAUAGUCUUUUAUUAACAUGGCACUUUUAUAUUUUGCAUUUUUCUUUAUUAAAUAUUGCUUUAUCUAGAAGAUCUCAUGUUUAGAGGACUGUAUAAAUCUCCAGUGGUGCUAGUAAUGUUUAGUGUUAUUGUAUUCCAAGGAAAUUUAGUUUAAUUUAAAAAAUGUAUACCCAUAGCAAGCUGAAAAACUCAUAACUGUGUCUUUUGUCAGGCUUAAAAUAUUUUUUUGCGGAGGGGGUGGAGAUACGUCUGGUGUUCAGAUUAAUUUCAUUUUCCAUUUGCAAACUUAUUGGCCAUGCCUAGAAUCUCUCUUGAUGCAAAUUGGUGUUUAAGGAAUUUACAAGUUUAGGAGAUUGUAUAUUUUGUAUUUCCAAUGCAAAAACAGAAAAUCAAAAAGUCCUGUUUACAGAAACCAAAUUUAACCAUAAAAGGAUGGUUGGUGCGCUAUAUUUGAGAAAAUUUAAAUAAUAAGGCACAUGUGGACAACUCUUUUACCUUCUGAAUUUUAUAUAUAUAUAUUUCUUUGGAGGUUUUAACUCAUUGUGAUAAUUUCAGUCUGAAUUGAGUAGCAUUAACAUUGAAGUUGCAGGUAAACAAGGCUGCAGUGUUAUUGUGGAUGGUUUUUAUCGUAAGUAAAACAAAGCUGAUAGAUGCUUUACCUUAAUGGAUUGUGAUUCUGUAACAUAUCUUAUAUCAGGCCAGUGACUGGGUUAUAGGUAGGAGAGGUGUUCACGUAGUGCAUUUUGGUAUGAUUUAAUGCUAACCUGGUUUCUCCAGAGGAUGUCAAAACUAUCUGUGCAGAUAUUAGUAAAGAUCUCAGAAGAGCUAUGUGCAUUGUUUACUUGUUUGAUUGUUGUUUUUUUGUAGUUUGUUUCACUAUUGUUUUUCUGUUUAUAAAUGUUCAUGCAUAUUACUCAGAAAGUCAUUAAAGAUCAUUCAGAAAUUAGUAUCAGGGCUUCUGCUAAGGCUAAAUUCUUUGGGGUCCCAGGGACCCCUUCUUCAGAUUUUUAAGGGGUCCCUGUUCUUCGCCCAACUUUGGAGGGGACCCCAUUGACGAAAAUUGAAGGGGUCCUCCAAACUUUUAAUGCGUACUGUACGCAAUUUUUUGCGUAAGCAGAAGCUCUGAGUAUGAUAAAUGUACUCUCCCCUGUAUGAUAUUAAGUUAUACAAUUCAAGUAGAUGUGAUUUUUGUAACAUUUUUUUUUGGACUAGGUUUCCUCCUUGAAAGGUCUAUAUAUAUUAGGUGAGACAGCCGCCUCACGCUAUCACUGUACAUGCAGGCUAAGUCACAAGGCAUUUAUCUUGGCGAUAUAUCUGUUCUUCUGUUUGAUCUUUGAAAAAUCUUCUUGUUUGGAAACAAAGUUAAAAAUAUUGUCGUAUUUUUUUUUAGUAUAUUGUUUUCAUGGUGGCUCAAGAAAUUAUAAGAAAUUGUCUCAUUUCAUGUGACUUUUUUAAAAAAAAACUUCAUUAGCCACAUGCUUUGAGUGAUGCAUUUAUAGUUUUCAUUUGCAUUUGGUGCAGAGAAAUUUAUCAUGUGAUGUUUACUUAAUGCUUUUAAAGCUUUUCUUAAAAAAAACUUAAAUAGAGGUUUAAAUUUUCAAAAGUUUCAAGUUGCAAUAACAAACUAUUUGCCCGAGUGAUUUUCUGUGAAUCUGUACUGCAUCAUCCUUCUAAGCAAGGCUAUUGUGAGUGUCUUACUGGAGUCAAUCAAAUUCUUUCAGAAGGAUGAUGAUGCUAAUGAUGUAUUCUGUUUAUUCUCAUACGUUUGUAUUAAUCUUAUGCAUUUACACAGUCGUGUCUGAAGGGCAUUUUGACGCACUGAUCAGAUGAAUUUGACAGUAAGAUUGAGCAAGUGCCCUAUUUUGUAGCCCCCUGUUUUAGCAAGAAAAAAAAAUGUUGUUUCCAUUUAUUAACCUGUUCAGUUUUGAAGUAUUUGUGAUAUGAGGUGUAUAGAUCUGUUUUCUUGGUUUUGCACUUUUUGUAUAUUUUAUUGGUAGGCUUUUCUUGCUUUUGGGUUUUGUUAUUUUGUUAUAGCUUAUUGCUGUGGACAAGUGUUUGUUUGCCUGCCAUGUAAAUGGCUUAAGUUUUAUAACCAUAUCAGUAAUGCUAAUCUUCUAACCAUACUACAGCAGUUCUUUUAGCAACAUGUAAUUUUUGCGUGAAGAUGUGUGUGUGAGUGAGAGAGGGUCCAAAUUGGGGGUUUUUUUUUUUUUGUUGGGGGACUGGGUGUUGGCAUCAUAGUUUUUUCAAUAAGAUGAUCUCUGUUGUUUUAUCUAGCUUUCAUGACUGAUGAACAUUCAACCAUAUCUUUUUGUCACUCCACAUAAAUGCAGUAGUGGUUAGAAUUAUGCAGUAAAUAGUCCGAUGAGUUAAAAAAAAGUAUUUCCUUUGUGUGGAAUGAAACCCACUGGAGUCUGUUUAAGACUGUGAAACAUGUCACACAAAAUCCACAUAUCAGCAUCUUCAAAGAAAGUAUUCUAGUGUUUACUGUGACAUCUUUCUUCAUAUUUGUUUACUCACUUUAGCAGCAGAUGAAUGCAUCAGCUUUUAAUUUCCUAAUGUCUAGAAGAAGUGCACUUAUAAUGAUCAGAGGUCGAAAUUUCAGAUCUUUCUUUGAGCAGAAAGCCUAGAGUCCUCUGUUGUGGGGCUACAAUAAAGCCUUGACAUGUACAAUACUUUUAAAUUGUAGGCUUAGUCAAAUCUACAUGUAGGUUUAGCUAGAUUUAACUGGCAGGUCUGGCCUUCAGUCAGUAAGGAUUUAGUGGUAGUAUGUAGGUCUUGCUAAUAUAGCCGGCCAUUUAUGCUUUGGGCAAUUUGUUUUGCUUUGGAGUUUUUUGUUUGCUGGUUUUUUUUUUUUUUUUUUUUUUUUUUGGUAACUGCAGUACCAUUUUACAUUAUUUGCAACACCUGAAUUUUGUUAGCUUAUGAUGCUCUUUGGUCUUCUUUCUAGAAAAUCCUACAUCAUCAGGCCUGUAGCCAUGUGCAUUUUAAAUAAAUUUUAAAACAUUUCCUGGAAAAAAAAAGUAAUUUCUUACCCACAACUCUGUAUCGAUGAAACGAAAGUAUACUGCAUGGCCAUGAACAGGACAUUGCUGCUUAUUGUCUGGCCCACUUCAGUCACUUGUUAGUAAUAUUUCUGUAUGCUUAAAUUUGACAAAGUUUGGGGAAAAUCAAGGCAUUUUUCACAUGCAUUAAAGUAAUUUAAUUUCACAAAGAGUAAUGCAGUUGGUACUUAAUUUUUUGUCAUCUGGUGCAGGCUAGAAAACUUAUGUGUUCAUCUUGUUGCAUGUUGUUGUUGUCACAUUGUUGUAACCUAACGUGAUAUUGCAAAAAAGCUGAAAACUGUGUUCAUGCAGGGUUACUGAGAUUCAGAUCUUUCGGCAUCUUCCACUACAGCGUGCUUUCUCUCAAUGUUGCUUGGAAUAUGCAAAAAAAAAAAAUUGGCAAAAUGUAUAACAUUGCAUAGGAAAAGAGAUAUUAUUUCAGGUUGAUGCCAAAAUAUCUUUCCUGUCAACAGUUAGCUAGCAAGACAUCUACAAUUUAAAAUGUGUUUUAGUGUAGCUGAUAGGGAUGUAUCAUUUUGAUGGAGCAACAACAUCUAAAUGACUGUCCAUAUUUUUUGGGGGGGGGGGGGAUAUGAAGGGUAUUUUGUGGCAUGAUUGUACUGUCAGAAAGUCAGCUGCUUUUUCUUCUAGCUAAAAUGAUGUGGAGCUAUCAUACCAGACGGCCGUUUAAUAACUAUUCCCAAAUCUCUGCAUCUAGUGAUUUUCUAACAUCCUUGGAAUUACCAAAGAAAGCUGGUAGAAUUUUUAAGACAAAGAAAUUGUGUCAAUUAAUUUUAUAGAAGAUUUUUAUGAACAAAAUAUUGUAGAAUGAAUCUAGCCAGAAUUUUGAAAAGCAAGAAAUAUUUAGAAAAAGAAGUUUGAAGUCAGAGAUUUUGACCUUGAAAUAAUAUCUCUUUUUCUUUUCUUUCUUUUUUUUUUUUUUUUUUUAAACAAAUGCUUUGUAUGCAUUACUGUAUUAAAUGAAAGCCAAACUUUUUAACUCUGUAUGAUGGAUUGUUGACCGUACUUUUAAAAGCCAAGGCUUUUAGAGAAGACUUUUGAAGCUUUAUGAUGAAAUGUGUUUUCCCCCACCACCUUCCCAGCAUAAGAAAAUGUGAGACUUUAUGUCUUCAGCUGGGUUUCAUGCCAGCAAUUUACAAACAUCCUGACACUUUGGACACUUAGCCUGCUCAACACUGUCUCUAAGAACUCUGAUGCAGGUUGUCUGAGCAAGAGAGUCUCUUUUUUGUGCUUCUGAUGCAUUCUAGUCAGAAGUGCUAUAAUAUUUAUUGUUUUGCAAACAUUUUGUGCAUAGUGUUUAACACUUAAUGCGCCAGUUCAUAUCGUAUCCACAAAACAUAUUUAUUUUAUAUUUGUCUGACUUUAUUUGUCUACAGUAAAGUAUACAAUAUUUCUGCACUAUUUUAGUGCAGUUUGCAUCCAAGACACGUUUUAAUAAUAUCAGACUAUUUUGGGCUUAUCAGUAAGGCUGUGUCAUGUACAGAUAAGUCUGCUGCAAAAGGUAAUCUCAUGGUAUGUACAGUGCUUGCCUUAAGUUGCUUUGUUCGUUGACCACAUGAAAAAUGGCGUAUCUUGAGAACAGGGGUAUGUGGAGUGUACAUGCAUAGACGUGUGUAUGUGUGCGUGCGUUUGCUAGUUUAGACAGGUCUGUAUCUGUUUCUAGAUGAUCACGUGCAACGCUGUUGAUGACGUAAUCCCUACCCAGUUGUCCCCAGUCUUCCUUCAGAACACAUUGGGUGUUGUUUUUCGGCUUUUGCAAACCACCAAUUAAUUUAUUUUUUCAAAAACAUUGUUCCAUAGACGGUUUUCGCCAUUUAAAAAAAAAAAAAACUAAAAUGGGGAGAUUAGUCACGCAGAAAAUUACGGUAACUAGUGAUUGAAUAGAUGUUCAUUUUUGCGAGUACAUAUUCAUGUUUAGUAUUAAACAUCAGAAUGACAGGUUAGGCAAUGCAGUUGUCGCUUAUGCUUAAAUAUAAUAAGUAAAUGAUAUUCUGUGGGAUGUCAUGGUCUCUAUAAAGUUGUUCAUUACCUUA